AUGGGUGUAAUGAGAGCCCUAGCCGUAGCUUCCUUGGCUGUUGUGAAUGUCAAGGCCGCUUUGUCUUCUACGGGCUUCACAGUCUCCUUGUCGGACAUUGACUAUUUUCUUCCUCCAAAGCCAGUGGCCAAAAUAUCCGGAUGCGAGGGAAUCCAGGAGCUUUUCGAAGCCGCACCGUUUGUGCCAUUUACGGUGGUGAAGGGCAACGGUUUGGUAGCGGAUAUCGCAUCGCUAACGGCUGGUUAUGCCGACGACGAUGUGUGGCAAGAUGGCUUUAUGCAAGCUUUGCAAUUGACAGAUCGUUUAGCAAUCUAUGCGCAGGUUAGCACUGUGAGAUUUACAAACUCAUCUGUCCCUAUUCUAUCUGGCAACGCCUCUUCUCAACUGCCUGUCGGACCCUACUUCAUCAAUGCCGCUGGUCAAGUUUUUGAGGCGUGGAGACUAUUUUCGGACGUGCAGGGUGCAUUUACAGAGUCGGCAAUUGGUAAUGGCGAUGGUUCAUAUUCGGUACUGCCUGCUGGCACAGUUGGCCAACGCCAAGCGAUUGCUGUGCCUUCUCGUCUGUACUUUACCAAGACUGCUGAGAAGCCAUUGGCGGGUGUGCGGGUCGGUAUCAAAGACAUUUACGAUAUCAAAGGCCUUCGCACUUCAAACGGCAAUCGAGCUUGGUAUUGGUUGUAUCCCCCAGCCAAGACCACUGCACCACCUGUGCAGAACUUGAUUGAUUCAGGAGCCAUUAUUGUCGGCAAGAUGAUCACCUCUCAAUUUGCCAACGGAGAGACUGCGACUGCUGAUUGGGUAGACUACCAUGCGUCGUUCAAUCCUCGUGGAGAUGGCUAUCAAGACACAUCUUCCAGCUCCACUGGCGGCGGUGCGGGUACCGCAUCGUACUCAUGGCUAGAUGUCAGUCUGGGCUCUGACACUGGUGGAAGUGUGCGCGGCCCAGCCCAAGUUCAAGGGUUGUAUGGCAACCGGCCGUCACACGGCCUGGUCUCUUUGGAUCAUACAAUGCCACUCAGCCCGGUACUUGACACGCCCGGUUUACUCGCCCGCAACCCCCAUAUCUGGAUGGAAGCCGCCAAAGUCAUGUAUGGUCCCAACAUCACCAUGACUAGUAGCUACCCCAGGAGUAUCCAGACGAUUGGCUGGCCUACGGAGGUAGAAGACGAGGCUGACAAGCUGCUUGUUGAAUUCUUGAGCAAGGUAACCGGUUUUUUGAGUGCGAAUGCAACGGCAUACAACCUAACGGCAGAAUUUGAUGCUGCCAACCCCGACGUUGCACCGUUGAGGACGUUCAUGAACCUCACGUACGCAAUUCUCAUCACCAAGCAACAAAUUGAGCUAGUCCGCGAACCAUUCUAUGCCGACUACGCGGCCAAACAUGAUGGACGUCUUCCUUUUGUCAACCCUACACCGCUCGCUCGCUGGGGGUGGGGUGAGGAGCAGAACAUGACCGUGGCGGAGGCCAUCGCCGACAAGACGUUGUUCCAGAAUUGGGCCAACGAGACUGUGCUUGCUCCCUCGGCAGAGACAUGCUCCAAGUCGCUCGUCAUGUACGUUGGCUCGACUGGCGGCAGGACGUAUCGUAACGCGUAUCGGGGCGAGCCUCGCGUCCCGCUGGGUUUCAGCAACGGCCGGAUUUCAGUCAUGUCGGAAGUGCCCGACUAUGUUGUGCCGCUGGGCGAGACGCCGUACGAUUCAUUGAUUACUGGCCAUAUAGAGUACCUGCCUGUCACGGCCAAUCUGCUGGCAGCAAAGGGGUGCGAUGGUAUGCUGUUUUCACUCAUAUCGGAGCUUUAUGAUGCGGGAAUACUGAAGGAGAGCAAGGUCGGACAGAGCGGAGUGACUGGCGGGGAGACGCUGUACCGGAGAGGGAUGCCAGUAUAUUGAUAGUUGUGCUCUAAUACACGAUAGUCAGUUUCCGUGAAUACCUUUGAGAGGAUUGAUGUCGUGGUUGGCCAAUGGGAGGGCUC